GGCUUGGAUUUUCGUAAGGUAGGGCGCUUAAAAAGUCUUCUUAAUAUGACGAGGCGUAACAAACCCCAACCUAUUCCCAAUAAGCGGGAAUACAAUAAAGUGAAGAAAAUCCAAGCCUCUACCCAUCCCACUCUAUAAGCGGGAAUACUAUAAAGGCGAAGAAAAUCCCUGCCUUUACCUUUCCCAAUCUCGUUUAUUUCUGUCAUUUCACAUCUGCUGCUGUUAGUUUCACUUAGUGUUUCAGAGACACAGACAUUUACAAUCGGAAAUGGAAAUUAGUGAUGAUUCUGAUGCAAUUUCUAACUCUGAAGAAGAGUAUUCUAGAAGUAUUGGAACAAUUGUCACCGUUAAUCGAAUGCAAGGUGAAAAGAAAAACGGGACACUCUACUCAACAGGCCACUACCUAUUUCACCUUGCUAAACGCUGUACCCAUUCAGUGAAUUAUAAAUGCCGAAAGCACAAAGAAUUUCAUUGUGGGGCCAGGCUAGUUUACAAAGAUGGUGUGUAUCGCAUUUCUGGCACACAUCACACCCACCCCAUUGAAGACGAUGAAAUUGGCCGUAUUUCCUUUGUAAACGAGUGCUGUCGAAGGGCUGGUCUUCAAAGAGCACCUGGCGAGUUGAAAUCUAUUUUCGAGGAAACUCGACGAGACUUUCCAGAUGUUUCCAUUGGAUAUAAUGCUGCCCUAGAAAAGCGUAUGUAUAGAGCUCAGCAAGAACGGAAGCCACCCAAUCCAACCAGUUUUGACGAGGCCGAAGAAUUGAUUCGUGAACAUCCUCAUUAUUCAAAAACAUUAGACGGGUCAUCCGACUUUUUUAAGGCUCGCGUCUCCACGGCAACCGGUACGGCAUUCAUCUUCCUAUCUAUUACUCUACUUACUCAACUGCGAACAACAAAGCAAAUUCAAGCAGAUGGAACAUUUAAGACUGUGCCUAACUUGUUUUACCAGCUAUUUACUCUCCACUUUAAAGCAUAUAAAAAGUCCUUUCCAGUUGCCUUCGUUUUAAUGAGUGAAAAGUCUCUGGAUCUUUACAACGCUGUGAUGGAGAAAAUCCUCGAUACUCUUCAGGAAAUAGAUCCAGACAGAGAAGGUAACUGUGCGGAACGCCUGAUAUCAGAUUUUGAAGAAGGCAUACUAAGGGCGCUACACAAUGCAUUUCCUGGUGCACGAGCCAGAGGGUGUUGGUUUCAUUACGGGCAGGCAAUCUAUAGAAGAGCCUGUGACGAGGGCUUGGCUAGAUCAUAUAGAACAAGUCCAGUUGUGAAACGCAUCAUAAAAUUGAUAAUUUCUUUGGCUCUUUUACCCGCAGAACAAAUAUAUGCCGGGUUUAUGGCAAUUCAGCAAGAAAAUGCGGCCGACUUGCAACUAGAAAGCCAAGAAAUACAAGAUGCUGUUCAACGUCUCUAUGUAUACUGGGCCGGAUACUGGCUUGUUCGUCAGACUCCAGCACGUUUCAGCGUAAACGGUGAUAAGUCUCGUACAAACAACGAGGAAUGUGAGGAAACUGCAAGGCGGGAUUUUCUGGUCGCUAGUCGUGGUGGGGAAAUUCGUCGCCCAACGCCAAAUCGAUACAUCGUACGGGAUGAGCAAAUUUUGGGAAGAGCAAGAGAUCUUAGUCAAAACUUAAUAACCAUUUACGAAUUUUUGAUGAUGUCUUCUGUAUCUUUUGAACCUUACGACGAGGGUUUGCCAGAAAAUGUACUGGAAGCACCUGCACCUCGUCGACAACGUAGAUUGGCCCGUUUGCAGGGCGAUGGAAGGCAACAGGUUCGAACAAGAGCCGGAGCACUCCGAAGAGAUCAAGGUGAACCGGAGGCUGAUGCUCCUCGUCGCCCAGUUGGACGGCCGCCACGAAGAGAUCGAGGUGAACCGGGGGCUGAUGCUCCUCGUCGCCCAGUUGGACGGCCACCACGAAGAGAUCGAGGUGAACCGGAGGCUGAUGCUCCUCGUCGCCCAGUUGGACGGCCACCACGAAGAGAUCGAGGUGAACCGGAGGCUGAUGCUCCUCGUCGCCCAGUUGGACGGCCACCACGAAGAGAUCGAGGUGAACCGGAGGCUGAUGCUCCUCGUCGCCCAGUUGGACGGCCGCCACGAAGAGAUCGAGGUGAACCGGAGGCUGAUGCUCCUCGUCGCCCAGUUGGACGGCCGCCACGAAGAGAUCGAGGUGAACCGGGGGCUGAUGCUCCUCGUCGCCCAGUUGGACGGCCACCACGAAGAGAUCGAGGUGAACCGGUGGCAAAUGCUGUUGCGCUUUUUUGCAAAGUUUGUUUAAUAAAUCCCAUAAAUCGAGUUCUUAAUUGUGGCCAUCCUUUUUGCGAUAGCUGCACAAAUCGUCUUCCUCUACGAUCCCCCUGUCCAGUUUGCCGGACCCCUAUUGAAGCUGUGCAAAUAUUUUUUUUGCCUUGAUGUUUCUGUUUAAAUUUUUUCAUUUACAUUGCUGUUGACUCUUUUUUAUUACGUACCAACGUAACAUUACACAAUUUUGACAAUCUAGUGA